CUUCUUUUUCAGAUAUAAAUGAAGUGAUGACAUGUGGGACUGAACAUUUGGUGCUUUCUCUCUUUUAGGAAACUUUGAAACACCAACUCUGUUUUUUUUUUUUAUUAAAAAAAAAAAAAUUUGAACUUUCUUGUUUUUUAUAAAAAAAUGAGUGAUUUUUGUUAAAAAAAAAUGGAAAAAGGGUAUUUGAUUUGAAGUGGAAAAAUAAGGUGGGGUGUGAAAAUGGGGGCAAUUGGAGGUGAGGAAUUGAUGAAUUGGGAGAAAAUGGAUGGAAAUGGGAGAGAAGAAAAGAUACUAGUGUUGGUGAGAUUAAGGCCUCUGAAUGAAAAAGAGAUAUCAAGGAAUGAUGUUUCUGAUUGGGAAUGCAUAAAUGAUACAACUGUUCUUUUUAGAAAUAGUUUGCAGGAAAGAUCUAUGUUUCCUACUGCUUAUUCUUUUGACAGAGUAUUUAGCGGUGAUGCAACGACUAGGCAAGUCUAUGACGAAGGAGCUAAAGGAAUUGCACUUUCAGUGGUUAGUGGCAUUAAUUCAAGUAUUUUUGCAUAUGGGCAAACAAGUAGUGGGAAAACAUACACAAUGACCGGGAUAACAGAGUUCACUGUGGCAGAUAUAUAUGACUAUAUGCAAAAGCAUGAAGAAAGGGUGUUUGCUUUGAAAUUUUCGGCUAUAGAAAUCUAUAAUGAAGCCAUACGAGACCUUCUAAGCACAGAAAAUAUUCCACUUAGGGUUUUGGAUGAUCCAGAGAAAGGAACAAUUAUAGAGAGACUUACUGAGGAAACUCUAAGGGAUUGGAGCCAUCUCAAGCAACUUUUAUCUAUUUGCGAAGCUCAAAGAAAAGUUGGAGAGACUAACCUUAAUGAAACAAGUUCAAGAUCACAUCAGAUUCUUAGGCUGACGAUUGAGAGUUCAGCUCGUGAGUUCAUAGGGAAGGAUAAGUCAGCGAAGCUUACAGCUAGUGUGAACUUUGUUGAUCUUGCUGGUAGUGAGCGUGCAGCUCAAGCAUUAUCUGUUGGGCAAAGACUCAAAGAAGGUUGCCACAUAAAUCGUAGCUUGUUGACAUUGUCCACUGUGAUUCGGAAGCUAAGCAAAGGCAAACAUGGGCAUGUGAAUUACCGUGACUCAAAGCUGACACGCAUAUUGCAGCCUUGCUUGGGAGGAAAUGCACGAACUGCCAUUAUUUGUACCUUAAGCCCCGCUAGGGAACAUGUUGAGCAGUCUAAAAAUACCCUUCUAUUUGCUAGUUGUGCAAAAGAAGUGACAACAAAUGCACAAGUUAAUGUGGUUAUGUCUGAUAAGGCAUUGGUGAAGCAUUUACAAAAAGAAUUGGCUAGAUUAGAAAAUGAGCUAAGAACGCCUGCACCCCCAGAUUAUUCAGCACUUCUUAGGAAGAAAGAUCAGCAAAUUGAAAAGUUGGAGAAAGAGGUGCGAGAUCUAAUCAAGCAAAGGGACCUUGCUCAAUCUCGAAUUGAGGAAUUACUACUAGCCGUUAGAAAUGAUCAAGCUUCAACAAAUUGGGAUGGACAAGGAAACACACAUGAAGAUGGAUAUUCUGUAUCUGAAUCAUCAAGUGUUAAGUUAUCAGGAACCAUGUACCAACAAGAAAACAAUAAUUCUACCUCACGGUCAAGUACAGCUUUAUAUGCAACAAGAACGGAAGAAGAAUCCAUUGACAAUUGCAAAGUGGUCCGAUGUGUUGAAACUGAUGAAUCCACAGAUGAUCACAUUGAUUCAGAAUCAGCUGGAAUUUCUAAUGGUGAAACUGAAUCAGUUUCCGGCCCCAGUGAAAGAAACCGGGUACGAAAUAGGGUUAAUAUUGGGUCAUUGGAGCAGAAUUUCCAAGAUUUGCAGAACACCAUUAAUUCUCUAGUUACACCACCAUAUGUUGAUGAAGAACAAGAAGUGCAAUCACAGAUAUCAAAUUCGACGAGCUUUAAGCUCACUAAAAGUAGGAGUUGCAGAGCUAAUCUUAUGACUAGUUCUUCACCACCAGAAUUUGAGAAUACCCCGCCUAAUGAAUGUGAAACAGAAUUUCCAGGAAGACCUGAAGGUGGCAUGCACAGGAAGAUGUGGGAUAUUCCUACACCACAAUAUGGUGGUGUCGCAAGUGGAAGGCUGUUGAGAAGUGAUUCACAGUCCUCCCUUGGAAGUGUGAUGUUGGAUGAUAAGAACAAAACCUCCGGAGAAGAAGAUAUUCCCAGUGUUGAUAACUUCGUUGCAGGAUUGAAGAAAAUGGCGAAACUUCAAUAUGACCAGGUUCAUGGGUCGGGAGCAGAGACUGAUGGUUUGGGCAAAACUGUCAAAAGCAUUGGAGUAGAUUCAAUUCCGGAUUCACCUCCGCCAGAUUGGCCUCAAGAAUUUGCGAGGCAGCAAAAAAUUAUUCUUGAACUUUGGCAAGCAUGCAAUGUUUCUUUGAUUCAUCGGACAUAUUUUUUCUUGCUGUUUAGAGGCGAUCCAAUGGAUUCUAUUUACAUGGAGGUCGAGGUUAGAAGGCUUUCAUUUCUCAAGGAAACAUUUUCAAAAGGAAAUCCAGCAAUUCAAGAUGGGCAUACUUUAACAUCAGCAUCUAGCAUCAAAGCUCUAAGAAGGGAGAAAGCAAUGUUAAGCAGGCUGGUUAACAAACGGUUUUCCGAAGAAGAAAAGAAGAAACUUUACCAAAAAUGGGGUGUGAAUCCCAGCACAAAACGGAGGAGGCUACAGCUGAUCCAUCGCCUGUGGAGCAACACGGAGGAUCCAAAUCACAUACAUGAUAGCGCUUCUACAGUUGCAAAGUUGAUUAGGUUCUCAGAGCAGGGUCAGGCCCUUAAGGAGAUGUUUGGGCUUAGCUUCAGUCCUCCAAAACUGGUCAGGAGAUCGUUGGGUUGGAAACAAAGCAUGUCGUCACUAUUGUAAGUCAAAGUUUUAUAGUUGACUUCUGAUGAACAGAUUGACAAAAGUAAGCAUUUAACCCCCCAUACUUGUUUAGCAUGCUUAUAAGUAGGAAGAGAUUUGAUUUGGAUUGUUAGUAGUUUUGGGACAAACAUGAGUUUGGCUGUUUUACUGAUUUGGGUUUUCUGUUGCCUGCUGGUGAAAUACAGUUCUUGUAAUAAUCUAUGUUCAACUUUUUUA